AUCACCUCAUCUACAUCGGGAACUAGUAAUGACAUCGAAAUUUGUUAUAUUUUUAUAUUUAAUUAUCAAAUUCCUUCCUAUUUUUAUAUCUCUGAACAUUUUAUCUAAUGGACGUGAUUUCACAAUAAACAAGACCUCUUCCCUCCAAGGUUCCAGCAACCGUAAAUAAGAAGAACACAUGUUUUUAUGAGGUUAAGGAAUAGUGUUAAAUAGUUAGGAUAUUUUUGUUCGUUUUAAAUCUUUUAUAAUAUUAUAAAAAUUUAAACGAUAAAAUGAAGAUCCAUUUAACACCUGACAAACUCAGUUUUUCGCUAUUUAGCGCUGAACAAAUUCGAAAAAUGAGUGUUACUAAAAUAAUCACCCCUCUUAUGUUAGACGCUUUAGGUCACCCUAUACCAGGAGGUUUAUACGAUAUAAAAUUAGGCCCGUAUUCUGAUCAGGGCGAACUAUGCGGAACUUGUAAUAAAACGUUUACGAAUUGCCCGGGACAUUUCGGUUACAUCGAGCUCCCUUUACCAACAGUUAAUCCUCUAUUUCAUAAAAUUAUAGGGACCAUUUUAAAAAUAUCGUGUUUAUCUUGCUACCACAUACAAAUACCAACUCAUAUUAAAAAAGUUUUGUGUAUUCAAAUUAAACUUCUUAAUUGUGGUUUGAUAACGGAAGCUAUGUUAGUAGAAUCGACGAUAUCUCAAUUGAUGUUAAAAUAUUUAAAAUUUGAAAAUAUUCCAGUUGAUAGUAUAGGAACUAUAUUAGAAUAUGAACAAAUGGCAGAUGAAUUGUUAAGAAAAUCUGGGGGGAAAUACGUGAUAAGUCAAAACACAGAAACUUUAAGAAAUUAUUUUAUCAAUCAGAUGUUGAAGGAGGUUAAGGCAAAGGGUGUUUGUAUGUUUUGUAAAUCUAUUAUUGAAAAAAUACAAACUUUGAAGAACAAAAUCAUAUUAGUCAAGAGAAAAACAAACUUGAACACAUCGAAUGCAUCCAAUACGGUAAUGUCCCAAAAAAUUACCGGAUUGGAAUCGAAAUAUGUCACCCCGGAAGAAUCUAGACAAUACAUGAGAAAAAUUUGGAUAGCGGAAAAGGAUUUUUUGAAACAUUUAAUGUCGGUAUUAGAUGAUAUCGAUAUAGAACAUCCUACGGAUGUGUUUUAUUUUGAUGUUAUACCAGUACCACCUCCAAACGUUAGACCGGUGAAUUUCGCCAACGGUAGGGUGUUGGAAAACAAACAAUCCCUAGGAUAUAAAAAUAUUAUACAAAACGUGAUAUUAUUGAAAACUAUCAUUCAAGUUAUCCAGAAAAACGAUGAUUUGGGCAGUUUAGUAUCAGCAGAAGCUAAGGCUGCUUAUAGCUUCGCUAGAGGUAAUACCGCUGUGGAAAAAUUGAAUUAUUGUUGGGAGGAACUUCAAAACGAUGUAAACGGAUUGUUGGACAAAGAUAGUAAUCGUACUAGGGAGGGAGAGGGUAUAAAACAGAUAAUCGAGAAGAAAGAGGGUAUAAUACGUAUGUGCAUGAUGGGUAAACGUGUAAAUUUUUCAGCUAGGUCCGUCAUAACCCCAGAUCCAAAUUUGAAUAUCGAUGAGAUUGGGGUACCUGAAGAGUUUGCUAAAAAAUUAACUUAUCCUGUAGCCGUAACCCCUUGGAACGUUGAGGAAUUGAGGAAGAUGGUUUUGAAUGGACCCAACGUUCAUCCUGGGGCCAUCAUGGUCGAGUACAAUGGUACCGUAAAAAGAAUCAACCCGAAAAGUGUGCAACAACAAAAAAGUUUACUUAAAUGUCUGUUAACGCCUGAUGAUAAGGAUAACGUCCAACAGGGGGUUAGAAUUGUACACAGACAUCUCUGUAACGGCGAUAUACUCCUAUUAAACCGUCAACCAACCCUACAUAAACCGAGUAUAAUGGCUCACACGGCUCGAAUAUUAAAAAACGAGAAAACUUUGAGGCUACAUUACGCCAAUUGUAAAGCCUACAACGCCGAUUUCGACGGGGACGAAAUGAACGCCCAUUUCCCCCAAAACGAACUAGCCAGAAGCGAAGGCUACAACAUAGUGAACGUUUCGAAUCAAUUCCUCGUACCGAAAGACGGUACCCCUUUGAGCGGUUUGAUUCAAGAUCACAUGAUCGCGGGGGUACGGCUUUCGUUAAGGGGGAGGUUUUUCGAUAAACAGGAUUACCAACAACUGGUUUACCAAGGUUUGUCCUUCAAAACCGGUAAUAUUCGAUUAUUACCGCCGACGGUAAUCAAACCUCGAAUGUUGUGGUCCGGUAAACAGAUUUUGUCCACCGUUAUCAUCAAUAUUAUACCAGAAGGAAGGGAAUUGAUCAGUUUGACUUCUACGGCUAAGAUACCGUCGAAAGCUUGGCAAACUCAACCCUCUAGACUAUGGAAAGCGGGCGGUACUCCAUUCACCGACGACAAAACAAUGAGCGAAGCCGAAGUUAUAAUACGAAACGGUGAAUUACUGGUCGGAAUUUUAGAUAAAACCCAUUACGGCGCCACCCCUUACGGUCUAGCCCACUGCAUGUACGAGUUGUACGGCGGCGCUUGCGCCACCAGAUUUCUAUCGUCGUUGGCCAAACUCUUCAUGAGGUUUCUGCAACAGGAAGGAUUCACUUUGGGCGUGCGCGAUAUCCUGACGAUACCGAAAGCAGAUGCGAAACGUCGGAAAAUAAUAAAGGAUUGCAGGUCUAUCGGUAAAGAGGCGGUAACUAAAGCUCUGGAUUUACCGAUAGGGACGCCGGAUGAGGAUGUUGUUGGGAAAAUCGAAGAGUUGAGCGCUACCGAUGCUAAAAUUAGAUCGGUGAUCGAUAGAUCGUAUAAAUCGUCCUUGGAUACGUUCACAAAUGAAAUUAACAGAACUUGCCUCCCAGCCGGUCUCGUAUGUAAAUUUCCUCAAAACAACCUCCAAUUGAUGGUCCAAUCUGGCGCUAAAGGUUCGACCGUUAACACUAUGCAAAUCUCCUGUCUACUAGGUCAGAUUGAAUUGGAAGGUAAACGACCUCCGGUGAUGAUAUCCGGUAAAUCUUUACCCAGUUUUCCCGCCUUCGAAUUUUCCCCGCGAGCCGGAGGUUUCAUCGACGGUCGAUUUAUGACCGGCAUUCAACCACAGGAAUUUUUCUUUCAUUGUAUGGCGGGACGAGAGGGUCUGAUCGAUACAGCUGUCAAAACUAGUCGUAGUGGAUAUUUACAGAGAUGUCUCAUCAAACAUUUGGAAGGGCUCAAAGUUAGUUACGAUAUGACGGUGAGGAAUAGUGAUAAAAGUGUUAUACAGUUCUUAUACGGCGAAGAUGGCAUGGAUAUAGCCAAAUCUCAAUUCUUCAACGAAAAACAAAUCAACUUUUUAACCGAAAACGUAAAAGUUCUUGCACAAAAAGAUGUUUUAACACGAGUUAAAAGUGACGAAGAACAAUCUAACAUAAAGGAAUACAUAAAAACGAUUACUAAAUGGAAAAAAGAACAUGGGGAUCCUUUUAGGUAUCGAAAAAAGAAUCCCUUUACACUCUUCGUUAAAUACGUUAGACAAAGAUUAGGAGACGAUAAGAAGUUAACUAGGGAACAAUUAAAUAAACUUUGGUAUGAAUUAGCCGACGAUAUAAAAGAAAGCUUCGAGGAUCAAUGUAAACGUUGUCCCGAUCCUGUCGAAUCCUUGUAUCAACCUGACGCGAAUUUCGGCGCAGUAAACGAAAAAAUCGAAGAACUGAUAAAAAAUUGUAGAGGAUUCGAUAAAAAAGCCAAAAAGGAAUUUCAAAACGUGAUGAAAUUGAAAACGAUGCAAUCGAUGUGCGUCGCCGGAGAACCAGUGGGACUUUUAGCUGCACAAUCCAUAGGUGAACCUUCCACUCAGAUGACGUUGAAUACUUUCCAUUUCGCCGGUAGAGGUGAAAUGAACGUCACUUUGGGUAUCCCCAGAUUGAGGGAGAUCCUGAUGAUGGCGUCGAAAAAUAUCAAAACGCCUUCUAUGGAAAUUCCGUUUUUACAAGUACCCGAUUUGGAAUACAGGGCGGACAAAAUUAGGAAAUUGUUAACAAGGGUCGUUGUUGCAAAUGUUUUGGAAACUAUCGAAGUUACUACCGAGCUACAGAUUAAACCGAUUAGACAGAAUAAAUAUACGGUGAGGUUCAAUUUUUUACCGAAAAAAUAUUACAGUAACGAUUAUUGCGUUAAACCGAAUCAGAUAAUAAAUCACAUGAAAAAAAAAUUCUUUCGGGAGAUGUUUGCCAGUAUUAGGAAAGUCAGUAAGAUAAAUUCGAAUAUAGUUAUGAUGGAAGAUGAAAAAAACAAAAAAUCGACACCGAACAAUGAAGAAGAUAACGAAGAACAAAACGAAAAAGAACCCGUAGAUGAAAACAGUUCUUCCGAAGACGAAAUCGAAGAUACCGAAGACGCCAAACAGACCCAUAAAUAUCAAGAGACUAGAGACGAUUUGGAACCGGAAGACGAAGAAAAACUACAAUCCGACGAAGAAGAAGAAAACGUAAAUUCGGACGAGGAAAACGAAAAAAAAGAAGAUGAAAUCAAACAACAACAGCAGCAGCAACAAAAUGAAGUAGUGGAUAGUUAUAAUUUCGCCCAAAGUUACAUCGAAGAUACCGAUAAGCAUCUGUGGUGUGAAAUAACUUUCGGUUUUCCUUUGAAUCAGAAAAAAUUAGAUCUGACCGCCAUUUUGAAAGAAACCGCCGACAAAUCCGUUUUAUGGGAAACACCGCAGAUACGUAGAGCGAUCACUUACGUCAAAGACGAUCAGUUUAUGCUAAGAACCGACGGUAUAAAUAUUGUAGAAAUGUUUAAGUACAAUACGAUACUCGAUUUACCGAAAUUGUACUGUAACGAUAUACAUAAAGUAGCUGAAACGUAUGGUAUCGAAGCCGCAUCCAAAGUAAUCGUUAAGGAAGUCAAAGAUGUAUUUAAUGUUUACGGAAUCAAAGUAGAUCCGAGACAUUUAUCGUUAAUAGCGGAUUAUAUGACAUUUAAUGGAACUUUCGAACCGUUGAGUAGAAAAGGAAUGGAAAGUAGUGCAUCGCCUCUACAACAGAUGUCUUUCGAGUCAUCGUUGGUGUUUUUGAAGAAUGCAGUUAUUAGAGGACGUCAGGACGAUAUUCAGAACCCUUCCAGUAGUCUCAUGUUGGGAAAACCUUGUAACACCGGAACGGGGAGUUUUACUCUGUUACACAAGACUUUUACUGUUUGAUACUUAUAUAAAAUAUGUAAAUAAAUAUUUUUUUCAUUAAUUGAAGUUUAUUUUUUGGGAAAUAAAACGAAUGUUGAUUUGGAAAGGGAGUAUCACAACUUUAGUUAGCCUUGGGUGCUUGUAAGGGUUUCGACAAAAGAUAAACAAUCUGGAAGUGCCUUUCUUGAUUAAAAUACUCCAAACGGUUCGUUAGGAAUUCGUAGACAGGUCUACAUAUGAUUUAUAAGGAUAAAUAUGAUAAAAUAGUUCAAAUGUACCAAGGAAAAUAUUAAACUUCCAAGAUUUUAUUUGUUCCUCUGUUAUAAAAUUAGUGUGAGUAGUUCAAAUAAAUCAAACAUAAUUCGUUACUAUCUAUCUAUCCUCACAAUAAUUUUUUGUUACCUAAUACACAAGUAGUUCGAAUGAAUGUAUCAGAGUAAAAUUCGCUCAUCACCAAAGAUAUGCUUCUUCAAAAAGGUUUUGAUAAUUUCGAUUAUGCUGUAUAUGACAAUAUACCAGUAGUUCAACUGCACCUAGUUUACCUUCAAAGAUUUUUUCCAGAAACUUGUUUUAUUGCUUUGGAUUAUAAUUUAUGAAAAUUUAAUGCACAAGUAGUUCAAAUAUACCUUGAUUAGUCCUUCACUAACCUAUAAAUACAUCACAGCUAGCCCAAUUAUAUCAAAAGACUUAUAACAAAGAGCUUUGAUGGGCCUUACGAAGGCCAGAGGGCUCUGGUAGUAUCAAAUGGGGUUCGACGGGGUUAUCAGAAGCCCUAGGUGCCUAACAGCCGUUGGUCGCCCACUAUUCUAUCUAUUACUGUGAAAUAAUAAAGAUCCCAAAAAAGGCAUUGUUGUUAUGAAUCAUGAUGUAUGACAAUUUAACACACAAGUAGUUCAAAUGUAUCUUGAUAAAUCCUUUGUUAACUAUUGGAGAUUUGCUUUGAAAAAAAUUUUGGCUAUAAUGUGUACAACAAUUAUAAUAAACAAGUAGUUCAAAUCAACCAAGAAGAAAUCAAUACUUUGCAAGCCAUUAAACUUAGAUCCAAAUUAAUACAAUUAUAAAAAAUACUACAAGCUAAAAGAAGAACCUCCCUGGGUUAAAUCACUUUCUAGAAUUUUUAUAUAAUAAUGAAAUAAUCCCAUAAAUCAUUUGGAUUUCUGCAAAGAAAACAAGAUACCCACCUGGUGAAAUACCCCAUGAGGUCUAGCACGAACUAACUUGUGUAGAUUCAAUGGGGAAGACAAAAUUCUGAAACAUCCUAAAAAUGCUUUGAUAACGAAACCUGCUCAAAGUUAGCGCAAGAAAUUUGUAUUUACCAAUAUCUUAAGGUUACAGGAUAAUGUAACCUCUAAUUAAAUAAUAAUGAUGACAAAAAUAAAUAAAAGAGCAAGAUAAUCAAGUUAAAUGAACAAUUAUGUCAAAUA